AUAGGCAGAGGAAGAGAAGUGGCACAUACCUGGCGUGGCGACUGGCGAUGGCCUCGCUGACCCCUGGCGUGCUGUCGAAGCUUCUAGAGAACGCGGGAAGCAAGGUGACGGCGUCGCACCGGCAGGCCCUCCUGCAGGUCACGGAGAUCGUGCCGCGGGUGUCGCCGCACUCGCCGCUCCACACGCGCGGCUACUUCCUGAAGCUCUCCGACUCCCUCCACGCGGCCUUCGUCUCGGUCUCGGACGCCGACGCCGACCUCAUCUGCUCCGACAAGCUCCAGCUGGGCCAGUUCGUGUACGUGAGCCGCCUCGACCACGCGCACCCCCUCCCCCUCGUCCGCGGCCUCAACCCCCUCCCCCGCCGCCGCCCCUGCGUCGGAAACCCCACAUUGCUCCUCCAACCCACGCUCCAACACGAGCUUCAAUCUAACAACAACGAGGUUGAGGCUAAAAGGGCUUGGGAUCACACUCCUCCUUCCGUCAACAAACCCAAACCUGCUUCUGCUAGACUCAAGCCCUACAAAUCUAACGUGUUAGACAAGAAGGUUUCUGUUAAAGCUGUUUCUCCUCUAAAAUCUCCAACAUCAAGUGUCUCACCCUUGAAGAACAAAAACGAGAACUUGUGUCCAAAAUCAUUGGCAAGCACACCCCCGAGGAAAAAUACUAGUGCUAGGUCACCCUCUGGUGGCACUGUUCCUAGCCAACUUGUUAAGGUACCCCUCAAUUUCAAGACUUGGUGUUACGACACACCCGCAUGUUGGGCUGAUCUCUCACCCUCCUUGUGUGAUCAUGGAAAGCAAGUUGUAGCUCACAGAAAUGCUGCUUUUUUGGCGGCUGUGCGGUAUCUUGAAGAAGCAUCUGCUACAGAUACUUUGAUCCAAUGCAUGCGCAUGUAUGCAGAACUUUGCCAGUCUUGUCAAACAUAUUCUGCUGGAUCACUUGUGAAGCAGUUUCUGGAGCUUCACCUGAGUUUGCAGAGAGUAACACUGGUAUUUGAUUCCUUACUUGCCCAGCCACCUGAAACAAAGCCAAGCAAUCUCCUUACCCUACAGUGUCUAACAGAAGAUGCAUGCAAAGUUCCCACUCGGAAGAAUGCUAUAUCUUGGGUACAAGCUGCCAUAGUUACCGAUCUUUCCAAAUUCAAUCUAUACGAAACACAGGAGAAAAGUGGGGUUCCAAGUGGUGAGAAAUGUCAUUAUGUUGUCAUUGAGAAUUCUUCUGAGGACAACAAUACGGAGAAUUCGCCUGCUCAGAACAAACAAAAUCGUGUAAAUCAAGCAAACCACUUGCCAAACUCAACUGCAAAAAGAUUUCCUUCUUCGAAGCGGAAUCUCUUGGCAGCCAAGGGCAAGGAUGCUAUCAAACAGGAUCAAUCAAAACAAACUGAAUUAAAAGAGACUGCAAGUUUGGCCAAACAACUGCUUGAGGCAUCUAGUGAUUGGUUCCUGAAGUAUUUGGAAGAAUCUCUUAAUAAUGAAUUUGGGUUGAAAAAUGAAGCAAGCACUGAGAUUGCAUGUCUUCUUGGACAGCUCAAACAGGUGAAUCAGUGGUUAGAUAAUUUGGUUGGUGGAGAUAAGGUUGAUCACAGGGUAGAGAAACUAAGGAAAAGAAUGUAUCGGUUUGUACUUGAGCAUGUUAAUUCUGCCGUUGCUUCUAAUCAGUAAAUGUAGAACCACGAGAACUAACAGAAUUGACAAAUUGGAGAAUACUAUCCUCAACUGACUCUGCAUUGGAUAGCUGACAGUGGUAUUACAGAGAACAUUUAAAGUUUAAACAGCUCGUGUUAGUCUUGGUACCGUAUAAUGACCACUUAACUUAGAAUCAUGUACCUUGUUGUAUAAUUUAAUCUAACUUUGUCGCUGAACGAAGUUAUGCCCAAUAUUAUGCAAUUUUGAGCUGUAUUCUAUCGAUAUGGAUGCUACUAUUGGCUGAAAACUUAUAUUAUAAUUAAUUUAUUUUG